AGCCAGGGGGCGGAAGUGGCUCAUAAUCCUGGGGAGCUGCGGCGGCGAAGGCGGCGGAACAACAGCAGGAGCCACAGCUGGCGCCUCAGGGGCGGUUUGGGCCUCUUUUCCCCUUUCCCCUGCCCCGCUCGGGCCCCGCGGGCUCGGGAGCCCCUCCAGGGCGGGCCCUAUGAGUGUGUCGCUGGUGGUCCUUCGCUUGGAGCUGGCCGAGACUUCGCCCGUGCCGGGCGGCUUUCCUUACAGCGCGGCCGCCACUGAAAUGUCUGAUGAGGAAAUCCAGGAGAAAUCACUAGCAGCUGCCACAGCCUCCUUAGACGGAAAGGAGCCUGUCGAGAAAGCAGCUAUCAUUCACCAGCACAUUGGCCGCAGGGAGAUGACUGAUAUGAUCAUUGAAACUAUAAAGCCUGAUGCAGAAGCGUUGAAAGCAGUGAUGGAGGAAGGCAAAGCGUCUGAGGCAUCCUCCCCCGAUGACCGGAGUAAACAUAAUGGCCAAAGUGGGGGUGUUGGGACAGCCCUGGAUUCCCCCUCGAAGCAGCUUCCAGACCAGAUUUCCUUUUUCAGUGGAAACCCGUCAGUUGAAAUAGUUCAUGGCAUCAUGCACCUCUACAAGACAAACAAGAUGACCUCCUUGAAAGAAGACGUUCGGCGCAGUGCCAUGCUGUGUAUUCUCACGGUGCCUGCCACGAUGACCAGCCACGACCUCAUGAAGUUUGUGGCUUCCUUUUAUGACGUCAUCGAGCACAUGAAGAUCAUACGAGACUCCACCCCAAACCAGUACAUGGCCCUGAUCAAAUUUAGUACACAGGCAGAUGCCGACAGCUUCUACAUGACUUGCAAUGGCCGGCAGUUCAAUUCCAUAGAAGAGGAUGUUUGCCAGCUGGUCUACGUGGAGAGGGCAGAGGUCUUCAAGUCAGAAGACGGGGCCAGUCUUCCUGUCAUGGACCUGACUGAGCUCCCCAAGUGCACUGUCUGCCUAGAGAGAAUGGACGAGUCCGUCAACGGGAUUCUCACAACGCUUUGCAACCACAGCUUCCACAGCCAGUGUCUGCAGCGGUGGGAGGACACCACGUGUCCUGUGUGCAGGUACUGCCAGACGCCGGAACCUGUGGAAGAGAACAAGUGCUUUGAGUGUGGAGUCCAAGAAAACCUGUGGAUAUGUCUGAUUUGCGGGCACAUUGGAUGUGGGCGCUACGUUAGCCGGCACGCCUACAAGCACUUUGAGGAGACGCAGCACACCUACGCCAUGCAGCUCACCAAUCACAGAGUCUGGGACUACGCUGGAGACAAUUACGUCCACCGGCUAGUGGCCAGCAAAACAGACGGGAAGCUAGUUCAGUAUGAGUGCGAGGGGGACAUAUGCCAAGAAGAGAAGAUUGACGCAUUACAACUAGAGUACUCUUACUUGCUGACAAGUCAGCUGGAGUCCCAGCGUAUAUACUGGGAGAACAAGAUAGUCCGAAUAGAAAAGGACACGGCCGAAGAGAUUAACAACAUGAAGACUAAAUUUAAAGAGACGAUUGAGAAAUGCGACUCGCUCGAGCACAGACUGAAUGACUUGGUCAAAGAGAAGCAAUCUGUCGAAAGGAAGUGCACCCAGCUAAACACCAAAGUGUCCAAGCUGACCACAGAGCUGAAAGAGGAGCAGGAAAUGAACAAGUGCCUGCGAGCCAACCAGAUCUUGCUCCAGAACAAGCUGAAGGAGGAGGAGAAGCUGCUGAAGGAGACAUGUGAGCAGAAGGACCUGCAGAUCACGGAGGUCCAGGAGCAACUGCGGGACGUCAUGUUCUACCUGGAGACACAGCAGAAGAUCAAUCACCUCCCCGCUGAGGCUAGGCAGGAAAUCCAAGAUGGACAGAUCAAUAUUGCCAUGGCAUCGUCAGCCGGCUCAUCGGCGGGGGGUCCCGGGAAGUCUUCAUCCCGGAAGGGUAGAGGCAAGAGGGGCAAGUGAGAGAUGAGGUGGCCGCAGCUGACCUUACUGAAACUGGCCACAGAGGGGUGGCCGGGGGCGGGGGGGCUGAAGGAGAGUCGCCUGUCAGGUGAAGCAGGCGCAAGAGUCUAGCAAGGGAUGAGCGACCAGUUUGCAGAGCCUUUCCUACCCCAGUGCACUAGCCAACAGCCAUCGGCAGCCCUUAAAAUGCUCUUUCCCUCUGCUGGCUAUCUAGCUACUCAUAGGCACUAUGUAGUGACUCCUUGGCUGUCUGGCCGUAUUUAGCCUCCCCUUCUCUGCUGCAUAACCUGAGAACACUGUGUUCAAGUUUUAGAUGUUUGCUUGAAAUCAUACUUUAAACUAAGUGCAAAAAAAAACCAAAAUGACAAGAGCCUUAGAUUUCUUUUUUCCCAGGGGGGGGGACGCAGGAAGAGACAUUGUGGCCUUGCGCCUUCUUUUUUGUAAGCUAGGAGUACGCCCGGACCCAGGCUCCCUUUCCUGAUUUUGAGGCACCUGGCUGAAAGCACAUGCAGGCAGUCUCUCCUCUUGGUAGGUGUGCGCUGCAAAGUGGCAGAAUUGCCAGUCGAGUGGGAAAGUUCUGCUCGGCUGGAAAGUUUUGUGCCAGGAGCCUUGCUGAAUGUUGGCGUUGAAGAGCUCCGAGGUGUUGGGUGCAAGAACUGCAUCUCUGUGAGAUGCAUCAUUUUUGAGGCCUUUGUCCUAAGCCUGUCCCCCAGGUUGUAAAACUUCUGGGAAGCCUUGGCUGGUGAAUCAUAGACGGAGGGCUGAGUUAACGAUGAGCAUUGUCCAGACUUUGAAGGGCUGUCCAGAAAGAGAGGGAGAAAUCUGCUUAAGGGAUGGGAAAUGCACUGAAGGUUUGCCUUGUUGAAAUCUCAGGUGCUUAGUAGAAAGGUUGAUGCUUGCAUCAAAACAAGGACCUGCUGGCUAGGGAGCUUUCUGGGAAAUUGCAAAACUACCACGCUGGGUGUCCCCGAGUUCAUUCACAAUGCCCCAGUUCCUUGUGCUGCAUUGGAACUGCAUCCUCUCCCUGUCUUCUUCCAAAUGCCCCUCCUCUUGACAACCAGUGUUUUCUGCCUUGAUACCUGACUAUGCACUGCACGUGAACACAUGUGACCAGACCCUGAAACCUGCCUUGAGAGAAAGAGAGUGAUUUAGAGUGGAAAAGCUGUGUGCAUGUACCUAACCUGUCCCAUGCCACUGCUGCUUCACUUCCUAACUGCUCCCCAUGUCCCAAGUGUGUGUUUCCGUUGUGGGGUUCCACACAUGUGGUUUUCCUUGCAACUACCUUGGGAGUUGGUUAUGUGUGUUUGUGUGUCAAUUCUAUUUUAGUUAGCCCUUAGCAGGAAAUAGCAGAAUUUCAGCAUUCUGUGCAGAAUGAGCUUGUCUGCAGGUAUUUAAGAAGCCAACCCUCCUCCAUACAAAAGAACCCUGCUCAGGGGGUUCUAAGGACAGAAACCAAGUGGAGGUGGUCAGAAAGGGGCUGGAAGACCCUCGGCCCCCUUCAGACGCCUGCAUUUUAAGCAAACCUCGUCUCUUCUGUUUGCUAAUGUCUGUGGCUGCCCUAAUGCCCUCUCGACAUCUUAAGAGAGCUGUGAAUAGGUAGGUUCUGCCUGCAACCUGAGCACUGCUUUGGGUCUUGCCCCCACCCCUCCAAAUGGCACAUUUCCUCAAGUGAAGACUUUUUGCCAUGCCAAAUGUUGCUCUUUUGCCUUGUCCGCGGCGACUUUACACUCAGCAGCAAGCGUUGCACACACCUCAAGGGCUACGACAAUUUAAGGCCCUGGUGUGUUUUUUUGUACAAGCUUUGUCUAGAUGGAGGUAUAAUGAGUGCUGGCCCUCGCUGAACAAACUAGAGCCACAGGGCGAGAUACUGGCAUUGGUAGUAUUCUACUGGCUGGAUUGAAAAUUGUAGUUAAAAAAAAACACAACAACCUACAAGUUUCCGCUAACAUGCUUAUGUUUUGCUUUGAAAAGGGAAACAAAUGCCUAUCAAACUCACUUGAUGCAGUUUGCCACCUGCAGGACCAGAUUUUUAUCAGCUUUAGUUGACUAGUAGUUUUCUGAGCUCCUUGCUGCUGACUCUUUUUGAUCAAAUUUUGUAGCACAAAUGUAUCUGUUAAAAAAAAAAGUUCUGUGCACAUGCAUUGUACAGUCUUGAUACGAUAAUUUUAAAAGCUAAAUGGUCAGUGUACCCGUCUUCUAUAGAAACGACGCUACUUAUUUUUUGAAACAAUCCUAUUUUUGCACUUGGUUACUCUUGCUUCGUGAUCUCCUCUGUCCUCCUGGGUCCCCGAAGUUAGGAUGAGGCUUGUGCAAUAUUGGUGUGCUAGGGAAGGGAAAUUCUUCAUCUGGGGAGAAAAGUUCAGGCGGAAAGAGAGGACGCGGUUUAAAAACCACUAAGUCCAUGUCAUAUAAAGAUGAACCUGGGCACCAAGAGUAAUUGUUUGAAAUGUGUUACUUAUCAGGGAAUCUUUUGGAAAGAUCAGCGUACGCUCAGCCUCUCCUUGGCAUCAUUACUUUCCUAAUUUCAGGGCUCAGAGCAAGAUCUGGAUUUUUCCCUGAGAAGCCUUUCAUUUCCUCUGAAAUGUUUUUCUUCUUCUUAGUUUCUAGUCCUAACCUCUUAGAAAUUGAGGAUAAUUGCUUGACGUUUUAAGAUGCCACCUGUGCUGUGUCCGAACACUGUUAAAUCUGCCAAGCUUUUUGCCCUGCUGAGCUAAGAGCAGUCAGAUUUAUUCAGAGGAUAGACUGGAGUUUGGCUGACACUAGCAACACCUAGAGAUUAAUAUGGGUGUCUGUUAUAAUAUUAUAUACUGUAACAUCUGCAAUGGGACUUUAUUAAACUGGAUUAAAAUAUGCA